GCGCACGCGCGCAUGUAUACACAGUAAUGACCAGUGGCCUUUUAGAGACUAGGAUUGAAUUUAAGCGAUUAUGCGACACUUUGGAAAAUGUUAUCAGAGCACAUGAGAUAAAAAAGAAGGAACAAAUUUUGCAAACGUUUUUCGACGAAUGUCGAAAUAUCGGCAACAAAUUAAAAGCGGAAUAUCCUGACUCGGACGCAUCGCUGUAUCCUAUAUUAAGAUUGAUAUUGCCUCAUCUUGAGCGACAGCGUGGACCACAUAAUUUGAAGCAAAUUUCGCUGGCAAAGCUUUACGCUCGCGUAUACGGUUUUACGAAAAGUAGCGAUAGUUACAAAAAAUUGAUAAAUUAUCGAGAGUCCACGUCGAGCGAAUUUUUAGGAAAUGAUUUCGCUGACCGAGCCUAUUGCAUAUUGGAUAAAAGGUUACCUCGAUAUAGUACCGGAUUUACGAUCGCACAAAUUAACACGUUUCUCGAUGAUAUUACCGAGAAAAACGCAACGAUGCAGCAAAAAGUUGAAACGUUCAGAGUGCUCUUCCGAAAAAUUACGGGAUUUGAGAUGAAAUGGGUAACACGUAUCAUUCUUAAGGAUUUACGACUUAAUAUAGGAACGCAAAGAAUAUUACACAUUUAUCAUCCGGAUGCGAAUGACAAAUUUCUCGUAACGAGUGAUCUACGAGAGAUUUGUAACGAAUUACAUGAUCCAAAGGUCAAAUUGAAACGCGGCAUACGAAUAUUUUCGCAUUUUAAACCGAUGCUCUUAGAAAGAUGUAACAUCGAGAAUAUCGGGAAAUUAUUUCGGGGCAAUGACUUGUAUUACGUACAAACCAAAUACGACGGCGAGAGAUCGCAACUACACAUGAAAGACGGAAUAUUUAAAUAUUUCACGCGUAGGGGAUAUGAUAUUACAAACAAACCUGGAUAUGGUGAAACUGGAUCUUCAGGCUUCUUGACCGAGAUAUUUACGCGGUGUUUGAAUCCGAAUUGUCAUUCUUUUAUAUUGGAUGGAGAAUUAAUGGCUUGGCAUAAAGAGAAAAGAAUAUUUAGUACCAAAGGUAUGAAUGUCGACGUGAAAAAUUUAACGACAAAUAGUCAUCAUCAACCGUGUUUUAUCGUGUUCGAUGUGAUUCUGCAUAAUGAUAUCUUGCUUGUUGACACGCCUUAUAAAGAUAGAUUAAAACUUCUCAAUGAUAUAUUAACAGAAGAGGAAGGUUCUGUAAUUGUGUGUCAGUCUACCUUAAUUUCAAACAGGGAGGAGUUGAUAGAGACAUUCAAUAUACAUCUGCGUGAUAAUGAGGAAGGGCUUGUCGUAAAGAAAUAUGAUAUGAAAUAUAAACCUAAUAUCCGAGAUGGUAGUGGUUGUUAUAAAAUUAAAGCGGAGUAUUCCGACAAUUUAGUACAAGAUAUAGACAUGAUUAUACUUGGCGGUUACUAUGGAGAAGGUAAAUAUAUAGGAAUGAUUAAAAGUUUCAUGAUGGGCGUUGUCACUCCAACAAGCAACGAAGAAAAUUCAUUACAAUUUCUUUCUGUCGUAUCCGUAAGCACUGGAAUAGGAGAUGAAAUGCUACGUUAUCUCCAAACAAAAUUUACACCAUAUUGGAUUAAGGAACGUCCUGAAAAUAUCAUGGGUCCCAAAAAAAAUCAGCCAAAUGUGUGGAUUCUUCCAGAACAUUCUAUAAUUUUAACGAUACGAGCGACUGAGAUAAUACGCAGCAAUGAUUAUCCAAUUGGAUACAGUUUAAGAUUUCCUAGAGUUACGAAAAUGAGAACGGAUAAGCCAUGGUACAAUCCAUGUACUACUUCUGAAUUCUUAUCUUUGGUCAAAGAUGGAGGAAUGAUCCAAAAGUUAACCAAACGAAACAUUACUAUAUAUGAUGUCGAUCAAGUAUCAACUUUUAAAUUACAAAGGACAGCGAAUCAAAAUAAAUCGAUUGAACAUAAUACGUACAAUAAGCGAAUAGUGCCACUCACACGAUUAUUGGAUGGAAAAGAAAUUUGUGUAAUAAAUGGUAACGAUGAAUUAUCGAAGAAGCAAAUUGAAGAAAUAUUACAGCAGCAUAGUGCAAAAAUUGUUCAAAAUCCAAUGAGUACAACUUUCUGUGUGAUAGUAGGCAAUGAUAAAACGAUACGGGGAAAAGAAGUAGUAAACAGUAAAAAAUACGAUGUUGUAACUCUGGAUUGGUUUAAACGUAUUACCAAUCAAUCCGACUGGGCCUCGUUAGGUGAUUUUUUACCGUGGGAAUUAUUAUGUAGCCGGAAAACUACUAGACUCCAAAUUGCAAAAAACUAUGAUGAAUAUUGCGAUAAUUUUAUCGUUGAUGCAAAUGAGGACAGUUUAAAGCGUUCAUUCGGCAAAAUUGCUCAACCGAUUAUUGUUGAGUUGAUAAAUAAUCAGUUAACUGUUGAAGAUGAAAAAGAACUGGACAAGGAAUUGUUCAAUGGAAAUGCAUCACCUUAUUCCUUAUUUAGGAAUAUGAUUGGAUUCUUUGAGAAUCAAUCGUGUUGUGCUAAGUUUAAAUUCCGUUUUAUGUCAGGUAUAGUUAAAGACAGUAUUGAUAAUUCUGUUACACAUGUCUUUGUAAAAAAUAACAAGACAAGUACUAACACAAGAAGUAUGGAGGCAUAUGAGCCAACAUUUGUAAAAAUUGUGAAAUGUAAAUGGAUUGAUGAAUGUUUCCGAAAUGGUCAAAUAUGUGAUAUUACAGACUAUCUGAUUGAUUAAUUAAGAGAUGUAUAUUGCUGUAUACAAGAUAUAUAAAAACUCGCAUCUUGAAGAAAUGUUACAUGUGUAUUUUUGAUGGAAACAAUAUAUUCACGAGAUCGUUUUAACUCAGAUUUUAAUCAAAUACUGAGAAAUUAGAUACUAGGCAGAGUGACAGUCGGACAGUUCACUCAUUUAACAUUUUCCCGUUUCGAAAUAUUUCUUCUCGACUCGGGCCGCUACCCUUGCCUGUUUCGUUUUAUUUCAUCGGAAUGCGCGCAAAAUACGAAGCGAAAGGACACGCAGCUGCCACGUUUCUCUUACAAAGCCUGUCAUUCAGAGAGAUCUCGUAUAGAUUAAUAUUAAAAGAUCACGGAAAGACUUGAGAUGCAUAUAUCAAAAAGUUACAAGUGAAAGAUUAUAUUUCUAUUACUGUA